AUGCCGAAGUCCUCUGCACUUCUUACACCCAAAUCCGAGCCUCAGCCUUCCUCGGCCGUAAAACUAAGGCCGCAGGACUUCCUGGACCUGUGGGGUGCCCUGAAGGCGGCAAAGGCCCUCAGCGAGGCGGCAGGGCUCUUGGAUGCCGGAGUGCCGCCGGAGGCCCUUGACCGGGUUCUUGGAUCCUCCAGCCUGUGCACCGCCUUGGUGCGGCGCCGGCUGGCCAGGAGCGGGGGCUGUGACUCGCAGCUGAUGGCGACGCUGGCAGUGAAAGCCAGCGGCAGAGACUCCAAGCACCUUCCGGACGACCACCCAGCCCUGCUGAUCUGCCGGGCACGGGAAGCACUCUCGCAGAAGGAGUGUGCGGAGUUGGUCAGACACCUCUUGUUCCUACGAGGAUCCCUGCCCAUCGAGGGCUCCCCACAUGGCGAGGGACACGGCCAGCAUCUUAGGCUCUGGCUCUGCCUCGGGGAGCUCAUGGACUCUGAGGAUGCCGAGGACAUCGCCGCCGAGGCGCAGCUGGCGCUCAAAAGCUCGCCGCUCCCGGCGACCAGGGUCAUAGUGCAAAACGUCUGGGCCAAGGCUGCGCGGCUCCGCGGUCGGACCCUCGUCCUGAGCUUGGCCGACACGUUGUUUGACCCGGACCUUCCAGAGGCCUUCGCGGCCAACGCCGUCUCCGUGGCAGCGCAGCUGCUGCUCCAUCCAGGACGUGGCGCUCCGGAGCGUCUGAAGGAUGCCGCAGGUCAAAGUGGGGCAUCCGGUUACCUCUCCGCCUCCGGGACGCUGGACGAAGCCAACGAGCGGCUGCUUGCUGCCCUGGUAGGCUGGAGCGCUUCCUACGUCCACGGGCCCCGCCUCCUGGCGUCCCUGGCGCUCUUCCACGCUUUGGAUCGGAAGCUAACGCCAGCGACUGGCAUGUAUCUCGAAGCCCUCGAGCGGCAAGUGCGCCACGCCUCCGCCUUCAAGCGGCUGCGGGAGCGCGUGCGCAUGGAGGACUGGGUGAGUUCCUGCUGGUCGGCAGUGAAGCCGUCACGUCCCCUUGACGUGGUCCUCAACGCCGCAUGUAAGCAGGUGUCCAGUGAUUUGUGGUCGCCUGCAGUCCCGUUGGACACGGAAGGCGACGAUGGGCCGACUGCUGCAGAUGAAGGCGCAGGUGGGCAGCAGCGGCGGCCCCCGCGCCCCCCACGAGGCUCCCAUGCGAGCGAGGUGGAAGUUGCCAUCUGUGCCUCGCUGGUUGACAAUGUGCCAAACAUGGCGGGGCUCAUCCGCACCUCAGAAGCUUUGUUGGGAGGUUGCGUGGAAGUCGCACUCCGCAACGACAAGGCCCUGAAGACCUAG